AUGUCAAUAUAUGAGCGUCAGAAUAAAAGAAGUAAACAGAGCCAUCCUAUUGAUGAUGCUAGUAUAAUCCCCAUACAGGCUACAGAUUCACAGGGACAGCCGGUAACCAAACUGAAGAAGCAAAAAGCAUGCUUGACUUGUAGAAGAGCAAAAUUGAAAUGCGAAAUACCCGUUCCGGGUGAACCUUGCAAGAGGUGUAUUUCCACAGGAGUUGAGUGUAAAUUUAGAACCAGAACCCACGACGAAGAAUGGCAAUCAUCCGUUGAGUCUAGGAUAAGUCAAUUGGCUGAUAAGGUCGAUAGGAUGAGUCAAUCCAUGGAAAACUUCUUGAAUCAUAUGAAUAGCGGUUCAGAAUUUGUUAAUCAAACCAAAUUUCAAACUUCUGGUAACUUACCUUCACCCCCGACAUCCUCAGUUACUCGUAAAUCAUCUGAUAAUCCAAAUAAUGAAGCUUCAUCAUUGUUUAAAGGUUAUGUUGACCUCAACUCUACUAAAACAGGUGGACCAUUCUCACCUUUCUCCGUUCCAAAUCACACUACCUUAUCAGGUGCAUCAGCCUUGUUAGCCCAAACACAUGUUCAUAACACUACUAAUCAAGUAAAUUUCGGAGAUUCUUCAAAUGGGCCUAAUGCUACUUCAGGUUUUUUGAGUAUAUUGGAUGAAUUACUCGAUCCUGAUAACCUUGAUUCAAUAAAAUCUGAUAAUUCUGUUUCAGAUAUUAAACAGAUGAACUUUGAACCAGUUGGCCUUGACCCUAUCUUUGAUAAUCCAGAAUCGACAUCAGAUCAUAUAGCAGCUAAUUCAACAAAAGAAAAUAUGAAUAGUUUAACGGUUGGCUCUCUUGAUCCUCGUCCAAAUGUUAUCAAGAAAGGUGUCAUCUCGCAAUCGGCGGCUGAGGAACUUGUUGACUUUUUCCAUUCUAAUUUAUCUAGUCAAUUGUUCGGUUUCAGAUUACAGAUUGGACAUUUCCCAUACCUUCCUGAAGGUAAAUCAACGCUUACACCUUUGAUUACAGGCGUUAUUUGUUUAGCUUCGUCCGAGCGCAUUUUGUCAGAUAAUUUGAGGUCAUUAGUUGGAAAUUUGUUAGUGGAUCUUGAUGAUUUCUCGUUCAAACCAGCAAUAACUCAAUAUUAUUCAUCUCAAAAUCAAGAGUCAAUUGAUGAUGACGAGUUGGAUCUUGAAUUAGGCGUUGGUCCUGAAGAAAUAGUAGCAAUGUGCAUAGCAUCAAUCUUUUGCGAUAUGUCUACUAGACCUAAUCCAAAAAAAUCUACCAUCGAUGGUUGUAACUCAUCAUCUCAUAUGAUCGCACAAGUUGCUUUCAAAUGGGCUAGAGGCUUUUUGAAAACUUCUAUGCUUUCAGUACCUCCUCAAAUGACCAUAGGAGAAGCGUGUGGUUAUUUGCCUCCACGUAGACAACUAGGUUUGGAAAAUUGGUUGAGAUUAUGGCUUUUUACAUAUGUUGUUGAAUCUCAAGCUUCUUUCUAUUCGAGCAGACCAUCAAAGAUGUACGAUCCUACAUCAUUCUGUACUCUACUACUAGAGGCUUCAGCACCUGGACAUCCAAAUGAUAACAGUCGCGAUAAACAACUCGUUGCUCAUGCGAGAAUUUGUACACUCCUUAGACAAGCUAGACAAACCUUAGAUAGUCGCGACUGGUUAAAUUCUAAUUUAUCCGAUACAAGAAGCUGUUUAGAUGGUUGGAACGAAGAAUUGGAAAGUUGGAGACGUGUGAACUUACCUGAAUCAGCUCUUAUUGCGGCUGAUCAAUGGCCAGCAACGUCUUUGACAUUAUUUUAUUUAUUUGCUCGUCUCUAUAUCAACCAAAUAGCCAUCGGUGAUUCAAUUAUGCAAUCUCAAGAAGAAAACUUUGGUACAUCUAGUGAACGCUGGAGAUACGCAACAGCAGCAGUUAAAGCAGCUGCUCAAAUGUUAGAUGCUGUAGCUGAAGAGCCUUUAUGUUCAACAUGGUCGUUACUCCCACUUAUAUACAUCAAGAUGAUCUCAUUGGCUGCAGGUGUUUUACUGAAAUCUGUUCAUGUUUUAGAUAAAAUCGCACCAGUCGUUACUAUAGAACAAAUACGUGUAUCAGUAAUUAAGGUUGCCGAGAUAUUGAAGAAUGGAGCACCAGGUCAAUCGGAAACUCAUCUCGCCAGGGCUACUUCAGCUUCCUUAAUUAAUCAGGUUGCCAAAUUACAACCGACUGCAAGGAGUUUGCAGACAUAAGUGAAUUUGAUUGAUUUCAUUUUGUACAUUAAUGG